AUGGUCAAGUGUAAUGAUUCCAGCCAGAGCAAAAAUUGCGGGUACAAUUUUUGCAACGUGAAUGAAGAAGACAGAAAAGAAGAAGGGAUGUUGUCACAGAACGAUAACGAAAAUAUGUAUAAUCCAAAUGAUACUCAUAAUAAUAAUUAUAAUAAUUAUUAUGGUAAUAAUUAUUCUGUUGAAAAAAAUAUGUUCUCACAAAAUAGUAUGAACCAAGAAAAGUACGAAAAUUUUGUAGAUUGUCCUCCCCAAAAUGCCCGUAUCUUAAAACCACUAAUACAAGAAAAAAUUGUGGAAAUUAUGAAACCAGAAAUUGAAGAAAAAAUUAUUGAAGUUCCACAAGUACAAUAUAUAGAAAAGUUAGUUGAAGUACCUCAUGUUAUAUUACAAGAAAAGUUAAUACAUAUACCUAAACCUGUGAUACAUGAAAGAAUAAAAAAAUGUUCAAAAACCAUAUUUCAAGAAAAGAUUGUAGAGGUACCACAAAUUAAAGUAGUAGAUAAAAUUGUUGAAGUACCACAAUAUGUAUAUCAAGAAAAAAUAAUAGAAGUACCAAAAAUUAUGGUACAAGAAAGAAUUAUACCUGUUCCAAAAAAAAUUGUUAAAGAAAAAAUUGUAGAAAUACCACAAAUCGAAUUAAAAAAUAUUGAUAUAGAAAAAGUACAAGAAAUACCAGAAUAUAUACCAGAAGUAGUACAAAAAGAUAUACCAUAUACUCAAAUUGUAGAUAGACCUUAUCAUGUUGAAAAAAUUGUUGAAGUACCACAUGUACAACAUAUAUAUAGAAAUAUUGUUUCACCACAAUAUAGACAUAUACCAAAACCAGUAGAAAUACCUAUGGCACAUUAUAGAACAUUUCCUGUAGAAAAAAUAGUUGAUAGAAAUGUACCUGUCCCUGUAGAAUUACAAAUAGUUCAAGAAUUCUUAUGCCCUAAAAUAGAAGCAAGAUAUAAAGAAAUACCUGUACCUGUUCAUGUUCAACGAAUUAUAGAACAUCCUAUACCAAAAGAUGCUAUGAAUAACCCACACCUAUUACCAUUAUAUUAUCAAGAAGAUAAUAAUAUAGACAUGUCAUCAAAUAAAAAAAACAAUAUCGAACAAAAUAAAAAUAAAAAUUGCUUUAUUUUUAAUCUUAAUAGAAAUUAUUCCAGAAAUUCUAGUCAUGCAAGUCCAUCUGUUGAAUUAUUAUUACAUAAUGAUAAAAGCCAAAAACAAUUUUAUAAUAACCAUAAUAAUAAAAAAACUUCUAUCAUAAGUAAUUCAAAUAAUUUUAAUAACUAUAAUCAAAAUGCUCCUCUCAAUCAAUUUAAUCCUAACGAUAAUAUAAAUAAUAUGGACAAUAUAAUACAUCAUAAUAAUAUACCUUCAAAUGUAAAUUUCAAACAUUUUCAUGAUAAUGUUAUAACACAUAACAAAAUUAAUAAUAAUAUGCCUUAUGAAAAUAACACAGUUCUAAAAAAUAAUUAUUCUGUAAACAUCCCACAAACAUAUACAACAAAAGAUUUCGCAAAUAAUAUUUAUUCCUCACCUUCUCCUGUCCUCUCAUCAUCCCACACUGAGCAUGCAUAA